UGUGGGCUGUUUUCUGCGAACCUGAGGAGGAAGUCGCUCCACAAACAGGUAGAUGAAAAUAAAACAAGCGGUAGCUGCCGUGUGAAGUUACUGUCGAGCGAGGGCCAACAUGUCUGUAGAUGGGACCAGGUUAUUGUUCGAGGGCUUCCUGCAGAAAAGAAAGGACACUAUCAAAAUACGAUGGGCAACGUACUGGUUCAGGCUUCAAAAUACAACCUUGUUCUUCUACACCAAGAAGAAUGGCAGUGCUUCACACUUGCGAGGCUAUUACUACAUUUACACAGUGCAGUCGGUGCGAGAGGUGCCGAGAGCGGACAGCAGCCGCUUCAUGUUUGAGAUCGUCAUGAAAAAUGGAAAAAGGAAAAUGUUGGCAGCAGAGACGGCAGAUCUCAGAAAGCAGUGGAUAGGACAGCUGUGGCAGGCCAUGCAUCUCUCUGGCUGUCGGAUCUCAGAUGUCUCACCCACACACUUUGAAGGGUUUGAGCAGCGAGACGGACUGAACAGCACGAUGGGGCCCCUGCCUGUUCGGCCCAACUCAGCCCCGACUCCUUCCAUCCAAAGCUGCCGUGAAACCAGGAGUGUGGUCUCCGCCGUCUGCCUGCCUCAGGAGCUGAACAGUGAGGAGGCCGUGUACGCAAUGCCGUCAGCCUGCAAAUACCAGCAUCUAACUGGUGACGGUCUCAACGUCCCUCAGAGGUCCAGCGGGUUGAGCAGUGCACAGGACAGACAAGAAGAACACUAUGAUGUUUUACCACUUAGAAACAAGAAAUGUGAGAUCGGCAUUUCAACACAGAUGAGCGAGGUCGUGUAUGACACUCCUCAGUCUUAUAGGCCUGCCAGAAACCAAGACCCAGAAGAGAGCAUCUACGACACACCGAGCUCUCUACUGAGGGAGAGGCCAGCUCACACAGCAGACAGGGAGCAGGAGGACGGAGUCUACUGGAGGAUAUGAUGUGCGGUUUCCAGACGACCAGUUGUGGAGCAAUUCUUUGCACAGGACUGUUAAUAUCUUAAUUGUUUGUGUUUCAGGUUCAAGCUAAAAAAAUGUAUACAACUCUCACAGGUGUAGAUACUGUUUGUCACCUUUUUGCAAAUGAGACAACGUGCACAACACAACAGAGAGGUUGCACUGUGGUUUUUAUUUCAUCUCUGAUUAUAGAAGCAGAGAAGUACAUGUCAUUUAUAACUACAGAGAACACACUGUACAGAAACGUCUACAUAUACUCACUGUGGGUCAGCAGCACCAUUGUUCACAACAGGAAAAUGUACAUGUCACCUGCUUCACAGUUUAAAGUAAACACCACCGACAUUAAUAUUGCUGUACUUCUCACUUUGGACUGGUUUGAAUGGGAAUGGGUUGAGUUUAACCCUUCAUGGUUUAAAUGGAAUAAACAUAUAGCACGUCAUGUUGCAGGUUCACAAUAAGGAAAAUAAAGUCUAGGCAUGCAGAUAUUAUCGUGAGGACUUUGAUUUAUCGUAAUUCGUAUCGUUUUUUUCUGUGAGUAAUAAUAAACUUUGAAAACACAUGUUUAGUACAUGUAGUGAGUGACUCGUCACAUAGUGCCUGAUGUCUUCUCACAAACUCAUGAGCUGGUGAAGGAAAUAAUUUCUUCUAAUUUACAAGUUAUGUCCAAAGAUUACACGAAAUCUACAACACUUCAUUUCCAGAGAGGAAUUACACAGAUGUCUAAUAUCACAUACAUAUAGUAGCAGUUGCCAUUAGACAGAAAUAAUAUAGUAGUGCAAGUACUGGGUUGAAAGGAAAAAGCAAAAACAAGGCCUAUGGAAAAAGCAAUGCAUAAAAGUGAUUUGUGCUUCCUAAAUAUGUUUCUUCACAAAAGAGAAUCAAUACAAUCAAAGAAAAUAUAAAGAAAAUUAGAAAAGAAUGUUUGCACACGGAAUAACGGAUAAAUCUGCCCCCAUGAGCAGAAGCUUUAGUUUGGAUCAAUUCCUUGCUGUGAUCAUUGUCAGUUAGCAAAACACUAGUAAUGAUAUUUGGUUCAUGAUUCUGUCACACAAACACAUAACAAUAGGUUUAAAAAUAAAUAGAUUGUGAUGUAAAGUGUGAUCUAAUUAUAAAUGUCAGCCAAUGUGGUUAUGUUUUCACCCAUGUCUGCUAGUUUGUUUGUGUGUUGGUUUCUUUGUCAGCAGGAUUACACAAAAACCACUGAACCGAUUUGAAUCAACCUCUGUGAGGGAUGAGACCUGGUUCGUGCUGAUAUGAAUUCAGUGGCCAAUCCAGGAUUGUUUUUUUUUUAACUUUCUUUAACAUGGCAACACUGAACAUUUAAAAAAAAAAGUUAAUUUCUCAGGGAAUAAUACACAGAUCUUAAUUUUCCACUGUUUUACAGAAAUAAAUGCAGGUUAUUAGACCACUUAUUUGUUUCUUUCUGAUUUCUACCAUAACCACUAAGUAUGUGCUCUGAGUGCCAUUCUAGUCUUAACGUUAAAUUCACCUUCACUGAGGACUUUGCCUUUGAGUUCAACUAUGAAUGUACCUUGAUUGUAUGUGAUGCUACUGAGUCAAUAAACAAAAACAACAUCUGAGUGAAGGUUGUCA